AUUCGACAUCGGUUCAGGUUGCGUCGUCGCUACUAUACGACAUGACAUUCGGUUGUUUUUCUCGCUCACUCCGCAAGACUUUUCGGUCACGGAUCCGACUGAUGACUGUAAAAUGUAGACAGAGACACCACUACACCACACACCAGUACAAUUUAGGUGGUGAAUCGCGUUACUUGUGUCAAUGGGAGUGAUAAGUUGAAAGAGUAUCGUGUUAAGUAUUUAAGUUUCGUGUGACCUUGGACCUAAGCGAAAUUCACUGCAAAAAGUUAUAAAAAAUAUAAUUGCACCAUGUCAGAUAACGCUCAGGAUAUCAUAAAAGAAGCAGCGGCCGCAGCUGCCGUCAGUGGUUCAUUAUUUAGUACUUUUGACAUAAUUAUGCUUGUCAUUUUAUUUGGUGCGGCAGUGUGGUGGCUUUAUAGUUCCAGAAAAGAAAGUAAAAAGGAUGAUUUACUACUCAGCAAUUAUGCUAUACAACCUGCAGGGUCAAUACAAGUCACAGAAAAUUCUUUUAUAAAGAAAUUGCAGUCAUCAGGGAGAAGUUUAGUUGUAUUUUAUGGAUCCCAGACGGGUACGGGUGAAGAAUUUGCUGGUCGUUUGGCCAAAGAAGGUAUUAGGUAUAGAUUAAAGGGCAUGGUCGCAGAUCCUGAAGAAUGUGAUAUGGAAGAAUUAACGAAACUCAAAGAUAUUCCGAAUUCUCUUGCCGUAUUUUGUUUAGCAACAUACGGUGAAGGGGAUCCCACAGACAAUGCUAUGGACUUUAUAGAAUGGCUGAAAACUGAUCAAGAUUUGACAGGAUUAAAUUAUGCUGUGUUUGGUCUUGGAAAUAAAACCUAUGAACAUUACAAUGCAGUUGCUAUUUACGUUGACAAGCGUCUUGAAGAACUGGGAGCUUCAAGAGUUUAUGAACUUGGACUUGGAGAUGAUGACGCAAAUAUUGAAGAUGAUUUUAUUACUUGGAAAGACAAGUUCUGGCCUUCAGUUUGUGCAAAGUUUAAUAUUGAAAGUACCGGAGAAGAAGAAUUGACUCGCCAGUUCCGCUUGAUCACACACUCACCAGAUGAACUGAAACCCAAUGAAAUAUUUACCGGAGAAAUAUCGAGAUUACUUUCCCUUCAGAAUCAACGCCCACCUUAUGAUGCUAAAAAUCCGUUCCUAGCACAAAUUAAGGUUAACAAGGAAUUGCAUAAAGGCGGUGAUAGGUCAUGUUUGCAUAUAGAAUUGGAUAUUUCCAGUUCAAACAUGCGUUAUGAAGCUGGUGAUCAUGUGGCUGUAUAUCCUAUCAAUGAUAGUAACUUAGUUGACCGACUCGGUCUCUUGACUGAAACCAAUCUAGAUGAAGUGUUCUCGCUUAUCAAUACUGAUCAAGAAAGCACAAAGAAACAUCCAUUCCCUUGUCCAACCUCCUACCGUACUGCACUAUCACACUAUGUAGAAAUAACAGCAUUGCCUAGAACCCAUAUUCUCAGAGAACUAGUUGAAUAUUGUACAGAUGAAGAGGAUAAGAAGCAAUUGAUGCUAAUGGCGACAAAUUCUCAAGAAGGCAAAGCAUUGUACCAGUCCUUUAUAGUUGACGGAUGUAGAAACAUUGUGCACAUAUUGGAAGAUAUCAAGUCAUGUAAACCACCAUUGGAUCAUCUGUGUGAAUUGCUACCAAGACUCCAGCCGAGAUAUUACUCUAUUUCUUCUAGUCCUAAGCUAUAUCCAGAGAUGGUGCAUGUAACAGCUGUUGUAGUGAAGUAUAAGACUCCGACUGGUCGAGUGAACAAGGGUGUGACAACUACGUGGCUAGCGGACAACAAACCGGAUCCUGGCAAACCAUUCCCACGAGUACCUGUUUACAUCAGAAAAUCCCAAUUCAGGCUCCCACUGCAGAGCCAGACUCCCAUCUUGAUGGUGGGCCCGGGCACAGGGCUAGCGCCCUUCCGCGGUUUCCUGCAAGAAAGAGCUCACGCUCGCGCCAGUGGCAAGCCAGUUGGCGACACCGUGCUAUACUUCGGCUGCAGACACCGCGACCAGGACUACAUCUACCAGGAGGAAUUAGAAGAAUUCGAGAAAAACGGCGAUGUAGUCUUGAAUGUUGCAUUCUCUCGUGAUCAACCUCAGAAAGUGUACGUGACGCAUUUGUUAGAAAACAAUUUAGACCAAAUUUGGGACAUCAUUGGAAAGAGAAAUGGACAUUUCUAUAUUUGCGGUGACGCUAAAAAUAUGGCAGUGGACGUUCGUAACAUUGUAGUCAAGGCUAUCGUUGAAAAGGGUGGCCGUACAGAGUCAGACGCGAUACAGUUCAUCAAGAAGUUGGAAUCUAUGAAGAAAUAUUCUGCUGAUGUGUGGAGUUAAAUGUAUUUUUAUAAAUUAGUUCUAAAGAGGACAUGUAGUAAAAUUAUUACGUAAAAAUGACAUUUAAUAGAAGAGAAGCAGUGGUAGGGUCAAUGGAAAUAUAUUUUUGCAUUUUAAACUGUCGGUCGCAGCUAGAGUAUUAUAAUAUGGGUUAUAUGUUAUAAUCACUGUCAUCCCAUAUGCUAUUCGUGUCGUCAUUGUCUCAAAGUGAAAGUCACGAUGACGAUCAAUAAUGACGCUAGUUAAUUUUAGGGUUGUCGCAAAUAUUCUUUUUACAUUUAUUUUUCAUUAAACUUAAAUGAUUGUAACAUUGUUAUACAGUAGUUUAUGGAUAUAAACUGUUUAAAAAGUUGUAAAACGAUUUAAGACUAUAUAUAUAUAUUUUUUUUCAUAAAUUGACUUUAUUGUAAAAUGUUUUAACAAGAUGUGACGACCAUACAAUUGAAUUGUCUAACAAAUAAACUAGUGAAUUUUGAACAUAAAUAAUAAUAAAAAUGUACAAAUAAGAACGGAGAAGAAAUUAUAAAAAGAUGUACCAAGGUUUUUUUUUAUUGGACAUAAAAUAAUUUAUAAUUAAUUUGUUUCGUAUGUGUUAGCCUUGUUUGUUAUCAUUGUGUGUAAAUUUUGAAUUAGGACAUACAUGUUAUUUUAGAUAUAUAAGUGGAAUGGGAUAUAUAAGAGAAAUAAAAUAUUUUAAAAUUUA